CAUACAAUUCCAAUUAAUGUGGCUAUCGAUGUAUAUCAAACAAAAUCUACAAGAAAAUUUGGGGAUACUCUCUGUAGAAAACUUGGAAUAUCAAAAUUGUAUCCAAAGACAUCUGAUAGAAAUAGUCAAAUAUCGUUUGAUGUUUAAAGAAGCGUUUAGUAAAAUAUAUAUUUCCCAAGAACUAAUGAUAACAUUAUUAAGUUUGGGAGGCGUAUUGACUGGUGUAAUGUGCAUUUAUAAUUUGAAAAAUGCAACUCACCAAGGUUCAUCUAUCAAAUUAUAUUUGAUAAUAGCUGUAGAAACUAUCGUAAUGAUAUCAUUGUGUGUCUGUGGACAAACUGUUGCGGACGAGUCUAUUCAUAUGCGAGAUGUAUUAUACGAGUGUCCAUGGGUAUACUGGAAUACAAGAAAUAGGAAAAUAUUGUUAAUUAUAAUUACAAAUAUAGAAAAACCGUGGACAAUUUCGUUAUACAAUUUAUUUAUUCUCAACAAUGAAAUGGUAAUACAGGCAGCCAAAUUCGUAUACAGUUUAGCGACCGUCGUUGCAAAUAUGAAAUAAGAGGAAUGUAGAUUUGGAAACUUUCAGUACGAGGAAUGACGGAAGAAUGACUUUUAAAUAAGAAAGUUAUUUUGUUGUGAAAAACUUAAUCAUUUUCCUACACAAAACGUUCCUCUAGCUCCACGUACUCAAUUCAAAGGUUUCAAAAAAUUUUCCAUAAAAUAUAAAUUAGGUGAAUCUGAUGAAUGAUGCUAUGAAUUGUAAGAUAAUUCUGCCUAGUAUAAUCAGAGAUAUUCCACGAAGAUGUGCCUUGGUGGAACGAAAAAAGGAUCGCUGACGAACUGAUUGAAGAAAGGGCUUAAAAACGCAAAGAAUACUUCAGGUGUAGAAAAACGGUGACCUCGCAAUUUAUUUUUUACUUCGGUAAGAAGAAAAAAUUAUGGGUUAUCAAACAAGUACUGUACGGCGAAUUACCCAUCAAUUCGAUGUUUUGACUGUCCAAAAACUUACUCUUUUGAACUGUUUUGGAAAUAUUACGUAUUCCCAACAUUAUCACGAAAAUAAACAUUAGAAUAAAAAAUAAA